AUCAAACCAGGCCGCACUCCCUCUCCAGGGCAAAGUUGCCAUAGUCACAGGCGCUUCGCGAGGUAUCGGAGCUGGCUUGGCGUUAGAGUUGGCGCGAAGAGGAGCAAAGGUGGCGCUCGUCUAUACUUCCCCGAAGAGUGGAAAUUUGGUGGAAGAAGUUGCAUCAAAUAUCAAGGCUCUUGGCAAUGGCAGCGAUUCGACAGUCAUCCAAGCCGAUCUCAGACACGUCGAUACGCCAUCGAAGAUUGUGGGGGCAACCCGAGAAGCUUUCGGGGACAAGAUUGACAUACUGGUCAAUAACGCUGGCGUGCUCACAGCAAAAGCGGUCACGGAGACGACAGCAGAAGAUUACGCGGCAAUCUUCGACGUGAACGUUCGCGCUCCGCUGCUCCUCACGGGUGCGGUAGCGCCCCAUCUGCGCGCACCAGGGCGAAUCAUCAACAUGUCCUCGAUAGGAGCUCGUAAAUGCUUCGCUAAUUUCUCGCUCUACGCUGGAUCCAAAGCAGCCAUAGAAGGGAUAACACGAAGCCUAGCACAAGAGUUAGGCGAAGCGGGACAUACCGUCAACGCUGUCGCGCCGGGACCAGUGGAGUCGGAUAUGCUGAGCGACGUGCCCAAAGAGAUUGUGGAGGACCAAUUGAAGCAGACGGCGGUGGAGCGAAGGGUGGGCACGGUCGACGACGUUUCCAGAAUUGUGGCAUGGCUCUGUGGCGAAGACGCAAAAUGGGUUUCGGGUCAAACCAUCUCCGCAAGUGGCGGGUUUUUGAUGCUGUGAAGCAGUGGUUCCAGAGGACUGUCAAGGUUCCGUCGAGCGAGUACCUUCAAGGCGGCGCGGCCGUGUUUGGCUUAUAA